AAGAUGUCUUCUAAUCCUGUGACAUUGAAGCCUAUGGCUCUCACCCCAAGGAUACGCUUCAAACUGAUCACGCUUUCUUUCUCUGGCCACCCACAGGAGCCCAGGGCCUCUCACCGUGUGAUGCUGUGGCCACUGCUGCUGCUCCUGCUAUGGGCAGGGUCCUUGGCUCAGAAUGGGGAUUAUAAGCUCUUAGUGGAUACUUCAGUGAUGGUGCAAGAGGGUUUGUGCAUCUUUGUGCCCUGCCAGGCUCAGUACCCCGCUUCCAAUAAUUUAGUCUAUGGCUACUGGUUCCAUGAUAAGGACAAUAUAAACAGCGACCCUCCAGUGGCUACAAAUAACCCAAAUCGACAAGUACAGAAGAAAGUUCAAGGUCGAUUCCUCAUGGGAAGCCAAGAUACCCAUAAUUGCUCCCUGGACAUCAGAGAUGCACAGAAAGGUGACACAGGAAUGUACUUCUUCAGGGUGGAAGGAAGUGGUCCUAUGAAAUACAGUUUUAGAGAGAGGAAGCUCUCUGUGAGUGUGACAGCUCUGACUCAGACCCCUAGCUUCCAAGUCCCACCUACCCUGGUGUCUGGCACUUCUACCCAACUGAAUUGUUCUCUGCCCUGGGCCUGUGAGAGGGGAACACCCCCCAUCUUUUCCUGGAUGUCUUCUGCCCUCACUUCCCUGGGCCCCAGGACCACCCUCUCCUCAGAGCUGAGCCUCACACCCAGGCCUCAGGACCAUGGCACCAAGCUCACCUGUCAGGUGACCUUCCCUGGAGUUGGUGUGACUGUGGAGAGGACUGAACAGCUCAGAGUCACCUAUGCUCCACAGAAGCUGACUAUCAAGGUGUCCUGGGGGAAUGACACAGAAACUAACGUCCUGUACAAUGGCUCAUCUUUGCAAAUCCAAGAGGGUGAGUCCCUGCACCUGGUCUGUGAGGUAGACAGCAACCCCCCUGCCAUGCUGAGCUGGAUGCACCUACCCCAGGAGCACCUCCAGCUCUCCACCCCUGCGGAACUCCACCUGCCACGGGUACAGUUGAAGGACCAUGGAAAAUAUACCUGCCAAGCUCAGAACAGUCUGGGUACUCAGGUGGCCUCUGUGAGCCUCAGCGUAAGGAGCCUUCUACAGCUUCUGGGGCCCUCCUGCUCCUGGGAGGCUGGGGGUCUGCACUGCAGUUGCUCCUCCAGAGCCUGGCCUGUCCCCUCCCUGCACUGGCGGCUGGGGGAGGGGCUGCUGGAGGGGAACAGUAGCAAUGCCUCCUUCACAGUCACCUCCAGCUCCACAGGACCAUGGGCCAACAGCUCCCUGAGCCUCCGAGUGGAGUUCAGCACUGACCACAGACUGAGUUGUGACGCUUGGAAUGACAAUGGGCUUCAGAGAGCCACUGUCUUGCUGCUGCCAAGUCAAGAGGUCACAAAAGACAAAGCAGAAACCAGUAAAGGAGUGCUGCAGGGAGCCAUUGGGGGAGCUGGUCUCAUGGCCUUGCUUACUGUCUGCCUCUGCCUCAUCGUCUUCACAGUGAAGGUCCUCAGGAAGAAGUCAGCCCUGAAACUAGCAGGCAUGGAAGGCAACCAUCCUGCCAAGAGCCCUGUUUCCACCAUGAAUGUGGCAAGCGCGAUUCCCAGAGUUUCGGUGAGAUGCCCCACCCAGGAUCCCCUGAAUGCGUCAGGGUCACAGAACCAGAAAGAAGCCCUGGCCACAGCUCCAUGCACCCCAAACGAUGAGCCUGAACUCUACUACGCCUCCCUCUCCUUCCAAGGCCUGAGGCCCCAGCAGCCUCAGAGUGAGGAGUCCAUCAAGUCUGAGUACACAGAAAUCAAGAUCCACAGGCGCUAA